UUGUAACAGAAGAAAAAGUUCACUGGAGCUCUCACAGUCCACCCCACAACAUGACAGCCUGUGCAGGGAAGUGAAGCUCACACCUGAUCACGGACCGGCGGUAUCGGGCACUGAGCGCCAUGCAGAGCCGGGCAGGAAAAGCCCCCAAACGGGAGAUGGUGAUAGAGUCACCCCAGAAGUACAAGUGCUUGGCUGAGAUUGAGGCGGAGGCUGGAUCACAGGUAUCCUUGGUCAAGCCCAAGGUCAUCGAGCCCCUGGACUAUGAGAGUGUGAUCAUACAAAACAAAAUGCAAAUAAUGAGUGAUGCUCUGCGGGACAUGCUACAGUUCCCCCUGGAUGACUUUCAGAUCUGCACGCUGAAGCGCCAGGGCCGCACUGUCUUCUCCACUGCGCCAGAAAAUGCAGACCAAGAAACACACUCACUGUUUGUCCAAGAGUGCAUAAAAACAUACAAGUCAGACUGGCAUGUGGUCAAUUACAAGUAUGAAGAAUAUUCUGGGGACUUCCGACAGCUUCCCAAUAAAGUGUUAAGACCCGAGAAGCUGGCCACUCAUCUUUUUGAGGUGGAUGAAGAUGUGGAAAAAGAUGAGGAUGAAGACCCUCUUGGGUCUCACAAGGGAGGAGUGUCUAAACACGGCUGGCUGUACAAAGGCAACAUGAACGGUGCAAUCAGUGUUACUAUGCGAUCCUUCAAGAGAAGAUACUUCCAUCUGGCUCAACUCGGAGAUGGAUCAUACAAUCUAAAUUUCUACAAAGAUGAAAACACCUCCAAGGAACCGAAAGGAACCAUCUUCCUUGACUCAUGCAUGGGGGUCGUUCAGAACAAUAAAGUGAGGAGGUUUGGCUUUGAGCUGAAGAUGCAGGAUAAGAGCACAUUCCUGCUGGCUGCAGAGAGUGAACUGGAGAUGGAGGAAUGGAUCAGUACACUUAACAAAAUUCUCCACAGCAGCUUUGAACAGGCCAUGCAGGAGAAACAUCACAUGGACUUAGAAGAUGAUGAGGAUGACGGAAAAGCCGACCUCUGCUCUGGACGUUUUCAGGACAGUUUUCAGACGGCCAGCAAUAUUGAGUUUAAAACGAGGAGUGAAACCAGGCUGAAGUUGUUUACGUUGGACCCAGACGCACAGAAACUGGAUUUCACUCGCAUUGAGCCAGAUGUGCAUCAGUUUGAGGAGAAAUUCGGGAAAAGGAUCUUGGUCAGCUGUCAUGACUUGCUGUUCAACCUACAGUGCUGCAUUGCAGAGAACGAAGCGGGACCAAUAACCAAUGUGGAACCUUUCUAUGUGGUUCUGUCCCUCUUUGAUGUUCAGAACAGCAGAAAAAUUUCAGCGGAUUUCCACGUGGAUCUCAACCACCCUUCGGUCCGACAAAUGACACCAGGCUCAGCUUGUGGCCACGACUUGCACAUGAACGGUUGUCAGGGUGAGGACCCCUUUGGCCGCCAGAGGCUGGCCAGCGGGUUUCCGGAGACAGCUCUCCAAUACCCCAAGCAGGGGGUCUUUUCAGUCACGUGCCCCCAUCCUGAGAUCUUCCUAGUGGCGAGGAUUGAGAAGGUCCUCCAAGGGGGUAUCACCCAUUGUACUGAACCCUACAUGAAGAGCUCAGACUCGACAAAGGUGGCUCAAAGGGUGUUGAAGAAUGCAAAGACGGCCUGCAGCAGAUUGGGCCGGUACCGAAUGCCGUUCGCCUGGUCUGCAAGGCCCGUAUUCAAAGAUGCAUCGGGAACUUUGGACAAAAACGCUCGCUUCUCAGCUCUUUACCGUCAAGACAGCAGCAAGUUGUCAGAUGACGACAUGUUCAAACUUCUCGCUGACUUUAAAAAACCAGAGAAAAUGGCUAAACUCCCUGUGCUGUUGGGGAACCUGGAUAUAACCAUUGAUUGCGUGGCCCCGGAUGUGACCAAUUGCCUCACUUCCUCCUACAUCCCUUUGAGGAACUUUGACGUAAAUGGGUCAAGCAGCGCCGCUCUGGAAGUGGAGGAAUUUGUACCCACCAUAGCCAAGUGCUCCCAACCCUUUACCAUCUAUAAAAACCAUCUUUAUGUACACCCAAAGCACCUCAAAUAUGAUGGUCAGAAAUCUUUUGCUAAGGCCAGGAAUAUUGCAGUUUGCAUUGAAUUCAAGGAUUCUGACAAAGAGGAAGCCCAGCCGCUAAGGCGCAUCUAUGGUCAUCCUGGAACUUCUCUAUUCACCAAGAAAGCUUACGCAGCUGUUUUGCACCACCACCAGAACCCCGAAUUCUAUGACGAGAUAAAGAUAGAAUUGCCGACUCAGCUGCACCAAAAGCACCACCUUCUUUUCACCUUCUAUCACGUUAGCUGUGACAGCAACAAGAAGAAGAAAGAUGUGGUGGAGACUCCAGUGGGCUCAGCAUGGUGGCCUCUGCUAAGAGAUGGUCGGGUCAACAUGAGUGAACAGCAGCUACCUGUGGCUGCUCAUUUGCCUGCGGGCUACCUCAGUUGCCAGGAUGCUAUCACAAAGCAUUCUACCUUGGACAUCAAGUGGGUUGAUGGAGGAAAGCCGCUGUUCAAAGUCUCAACACAUCUUGUUUCCACAAUUUACACUCAGGAUCAACACUUGCACAACUUCUUCAACCACUGUGAAAGCCUCAAAGUGUCAGAACAAGCAACAGAGGGCGGGCUGGUGAAAUUCCUAAAGAGUCUCCACGCGGUUGAAGGGCAUAUCAUGGUGAACUUUCUUCCCACCAUCCUCAACCAGCUGUUCUGUGUCCUCACCAGCGCCACGCAUGAAGAUGUGGCUGUCAACGUGACGAGGGUAAUGGUGCACAUUGUAGCGCAAUGCCACGAAGAAGGGCUUGAGCAUUACCUGAGGUCUUAUGUCAAGUUUGUCUUCAAACCAGAGCCGUAUUCCUCCAAUAAUGAAAAGAAUGUUCAUGAGGAGCUGACAAAAGCCAUGACAGCAAUUCUGAAGCCAUCCACAGAUUUCCUAACAAGAAACAAGCUACUGAAGCAUUCUUGGUACUUCUUUGAAGCGUUGGUCAAAUCAAUGGCUCAUUAUCUGGCUGAGAGUGGUCGAGUCAAAGUGUCAAGAAAGCAACAUUUUUCUGCCUCCUUCUACCAUGCUGUUGAGAUCUUGGUCAACAUGCUGAUGCCUCACAUCACACAGAAAUACAAAGACAACCUGGAUGCGGCACGCAAUGCUAAUCACAGCCUGGCAGUUUUCAUUAAGCGCUGCUUCACCUUUAUGGACCGUGGUUUUGUGUUCAAACAGAUCAAUAAUUACACAAACUGCUUCAUACCUGGUGACACCAAGACUUUGUAUGAGUUUAAGUUUGAGUUUCUGAGAAUUGUGUGCAACCAUGAGCAUUACAUCCCACUCAAUCUUCCCAUGCCACUUGGAAAAGGACGCAUACACAGGUUCCAAGAUUUCCAAUUGGACUACUCACUGACUGAUGACUUCUGUCGAAACCACUUCCUGGUGGGUCUUCUGCUGAGGGAGGUGGGCAGCGCCUUACAAGAGAGCCGAGAAGUCCAGCAGAUCGCCAUCCAGGUUCUGAAGAGACUGAUGGUUAAACACGCAUUUGAUGCCCGCUACGCUGCCAAAAGCCAUCAGGCCAGACUUGCCACCCUCUACCUUCCCUUGUUUGGCCUACUACAGGAGAAUGCACACAGGCUGGAAAGCAAGGAGUCCAUCCUUCCAAGCCACCACAAUAAACCACGAGAGGACUUACUUGUGCCGAACUCUUUGGUGACCCCCCAAAAGCAUAGCAUCGAUGGUUCUCUUCACAAAGAUGUUUUUGGAGCAAGUGAGUUCCUUCAAGACCAUCUUCUGGCUUCUCCUCACAGCUGCACUCCCAAUGCCAUUCACCUUGCAGACUCCAGAGGUUCCCUGGUCUCCACCGACUCUGACAGCAGCCUGCUGGAAAAGAGUUCCGAGAAGAACCAUUGUGCUGUGGGCAGUGCCGUGCUGCGUUUUGACAAAAUGGACCGAGAUGAGAGCAAAAACCUGCUCAUGUGUUUUCUGCAUGUCCUCAAAAGCAUGUCAGAUGAUGCCCUUUAUGCAUACUGGAACAAAGCAUCAUCAUCCGAGCUAAUGGACUUUUUGACACUACUAGAAGUCUGCCUUCAUCAGUUUAGAUACAUGGGGAAGCGAGUCAUUGUCAGGAGUCACGAAACGGCAAUGUGUCUGAGUCCAGACAGGAAGUCGUUGACUUUGCCCGUGUCUCGAAACAGGGCAGGGAUUCUGCAUGCCCGCUUACAACAGCUUGGGGCAGUGGAGAAUUUGUGCACGCUCAACAACAUGUACUCCCAUACAGAAGCCGAUGUGGCCACCCAAUGUUUACUGGAGGCCAACGUGUCCACAGAGGUGUGUCUGACUGUGCUCGACACGCUGAGCAUUUUCAUCAUGGGAUUCAAGAGCCAGCUGAACUCAGAUCUUGGCCACAAUCCACUGAUGAAGAAAGUAUUUGAGGUGCAUCUGUGCUUUCUGCAGAUUGCUCAAUCUGAGGCUGCUCUCAGGCAGGUCUUCAUCUCACUGAGGACUUUUAUCUACAAGUUCCCCUGCGCGUUUUUCGAUGGCCGGGCUGACAUGUGCGCCUCCCUAUGUUAUGAGAUAUUGAAGUGUUGCAACUCCAAACUGAGCUCCCUCCGCAAUGCCGCCGCUAAUCUCCUUUACAUCCUCAUGAAAAGCAACUUUGACUACACCGGACGUAAAUCGUUUGUCAGAACCCACCUGCAGGUGGUGAUUGCUGUCAGCCAACUGAUCGCCGAUGUCAUCGGCAUCGGUAGCACGCGCUUCCAGCAGUCUCUGUCUAUUAUUAACAACUGUGCAAACGGUGAUCAAAGCAUCAAGCACACUGCGUUUCCAUCAGAUGUGAAGGACCUGACCAAACGAAUCAGAACCGUGCUAAUGGCCACCGAGCAAAUGAAAGAGCACGAGAACGACCCGGAGAUGUUGGUGGACCUCCAAUAUAGUUUGGCCAAGUCGUACACAAGCACACCAGAGCUCCGCAAGACCUGGUUGGAUAGCAUGGCGCGGAUCCACAACAAGAAUGGCGACCUUUCAGAGGCAGCCAUUUGCUACGUGCACGUUGCAGCUCUGGUUGCCGAGUACUUGUGGAGGAAAGGAAUGUUGAAGCACGGAUGCUCAGCCUUUCGCGUCAUCACUCCAAAUAUUGACGAAGAAGCUGCCAUGAUGGAAGACGUAGGGAUGCAGGACGUACAUUUUAACGAGGAGGUUCUGAUGGAGCUUUUGGAGGAGUGUGCUGAUGGUCUUUGGAAUGCAGAGCGCUAUGAGCUCAUUGCUGAUAUCUACAGGCUCAUCAUUCCCAUACACGAAAAACGCAGAGAUUUUGAGAAACUGACACACGUGUACGAUACCCUCCAUCGUGCCUACACUAAAGUUUUGGAGGUGAUGCAUACCGGCAAACGUCUCCUGGGCACAUACUUCAGAGUGGCCUUUUUUGGACAGGGCUUCUUUGAGGAUGAAGAUGGCAAAGAAUACAUCUACAAAGAGCCAAAGUUCACACCUCUGUCAGAGAUUUCACAGAGGCUGGUGAAGCUCUACUCGUACAAGUUUGGUCAAGAGAAUGUCAAGAUUAUCCAGGACUCAGGAAAGGUAAACCCAAAAGACCUGGAUUCCAAGUACGCCUACAUACAGGUGACACAUGUCGUGCCAUACCUCGAUGACAAGGAGUUGGAGGAGAGGAAGACCGACUUUGAAAAAAGUCACAACAUCCGUCGCUUUGUGUUUGAGACGCCCUUUACGGUGUCAGGCAAGAAGCAGGGUGGCGUGGAGGAGCAGUGUAAACGACGGACCAUUCUCACCACCACCCACUGUUUUCCAUAUGUGAAGAAGCGAAUCGCUGUCAUGUACCAACAUCAGAGUGACCUCAGCCCCAUCGAGGUUGCCAUAGAUGAGAUGAGCGCAAAAGUGGCUGAACUGCGCUUGGUGUGCUCGGCCUCCGACGUGGACAUGAUCCGGCUACAGCUCAAACUGCAAGGCAGUGUUUGUGUUCAGGUCAACGCUGGUCCUCUUGCUUAUGCCAGAGCCUUUUUAGAUGACACGAGUGCCAAGAAAUAUCCAGACAAUAAGGUCAAACAGCUCAAAGAGGUCUUCAGGCAUUUUGCAGAGGCCUGCGGCCAGGCGCUGGAUAUAAAUGAGCGGUUGAUUAAAGAGGAUCAGCAGGAGUAUCAUGAUGAAAUGAAGGCCAACUACAGGGAUCUGACCCGGGAGCUGUCAAACAUUAUGCAUGAGCAGAUCAACUCAGUGAAUGAUGGCAUGAGGAGCUCUUUGUCAGACUCAAUGGGUAUCUUCAGUGCCAUUAGUGGCACACCCAACAGCUCUACCAUGUUCUGACAUUUCACAUCAAUAAUCAGGCUCUCUCAUCUUUGCAUGCUAGAUGCAGUCACGUCUCCACUCAAGUCCGUAAAUAAAUUGCCGGUGCUAAUAACUGGCAUUUGUUGUUCUUUCUUUCUGAUGCACUCCCCUGCUGUGAUCUGGAGGUGCUUGUCUUUUUGUUUCCCAUGGAGACAACAGUGAAUCGUUACUGACAUUUUGAAAUUUGCAUUGGCCAACAGUUGUGUUUAGCCUCCUAUGAGUAUUGAUCACGUAGCUGCAGUACAGAUUGGAGAGGUUUCCUGCCUACAGCCAUACUUCCAUCUUGUGUAAUUUCUAUGGCGCAUGUAAUGUGUGCAACCUUUUUAGAUCCUCAUAGAAGUAUUAUUUUAGUGGGGGCAAUUUUUGCUUUGACUUGCGAUCAACAGAGCAUAUAACAAUACUCACAUUUAUAUAUUCUUCAUCCUCUGUGAAUAAUUUUACUGCAAUUUACUUAUCUCCAUGUAUAUUCAUAUGUCUGUAUUUUACUGCCAAGGACUUCACAUUAGAAGGAGCACCUCAAUGUCCUAUGAAUUGAAAGUACAAUUUUACAGCGUGCUAUGUUUUACUUAUUAAAAAUACAUUCCAAUUGUGCUAUAAUGUACACCGUGGUCACGUAACAACUUCUACUUGUGUCUCAAGCCACCACUGUACCUUUUUUGUGUAGCGGACACGUGCAAUACUUAAACUGUAUAUCGUCACGGCACUCAACUGCGGCAUAUGGACAUACUUUCGUUUUAAUUCCCAAAAUUAUUUUGUACCUCAAAUAAAGUGUUUUUCAAAGAA